UCAUACAAUACUAUAUAAUAGGAAUCAUGUUAUAUCAUUUAUCAACAAACACAUCUAUCUAUCGAUCUGGUUUGAGUGAGGUAGGAGAUUUCUUUAGCAUCCUUGAUAAUGGAGAUCAGGCUCUGCAUCUGAAGCAACCUCUGCGUUUAAUUUAUAAUAAAGUUAAAUCAACUAUGCAAGCUUUCAUCUAUAAAACAUGUGACCUGUUCCAAAAAACUAAACCUCAUCCAGCAUCCGAAACCUAUGACUCAGAUUCAGCAUUCAAGCCCAUCAGGUGCAUUGGUAUCAUAAGACGCAUCAUCCAUGCAAGUUUGGUGAAGUUUGGACCAGUAAUAACUAAGAUAACUUCAUCAGAGGGCACUAGCAAUUAAAACCUUUACUUCCUCCAGCAUCCGCAACCUAUGGCUCAGAUUCAGCAUCCAUGCCUGUCAGGUGCAUCUGUAUCAUAAAACACACUAUCCAUUCAAGUUUGGUGAGGUUAGGACCUGUAAUAACUGAGAUUAAUUUUUUAGCAUCCUUGAUAAUGGAGAUCAAGCUCUGCAUCUGAAGCUACCUCUGCGAUUCAUUCAUAUUACAGUUAAAUCAACUAUGCAAGUUUGAAAUAGUACUAUCAUCUAUUAAACAUGUGACCUGUUCCAAAAAACUUAACUUUAUCCAGCAUCCGAAACCUAUGGCUCACACUCAGCAUUCAAGCCUGUCAGGUGCAUCACCAUCAAAAGACACACCAUCCAUGGAAGUCUGGUGAAGUAAGGACAAGUAAUAACUAAGAUAUCAUCAUCAGAGGGCACCUGUUUCAAAAACUUUAUUUAACCAGCUCUUAAAACCUUAACCUCCUCCAGCAUCCAAAUCCUAUUGCUCAGAUUCAGCAUUCAAGCUUAUCAGGUGCAUCAGUAUCAUAAGAUGCACCAUCCAUACAAGUUUGGUGAAGUAAGGACCAGUAGUAACUAAGAUAUAAUCAUCAGAGGGCACCGGCAACAAAAACUUUAACCAGCUCUAAAAACCUUAACCUCUUCCAGCAUCCGAAACCUAUUGCUCAUAUUCAGCAUUCAAGCUUGUCAGUGCAUCAGUAUCAUAAGACGCAUCAUCCAUACAAGUUUGGUUAAGUUAGGACCAGUAGUAACUUAGAUAUUGCUAUCAAUGGGCACCUGCAACAAAAACUUUAACCUGCUCCAAAAACCUUAACCUCCUCCAGCAUCCGAAACCUAUAGCUCAGAUUCAGCACUCAAACCUGUCUGGUGCAUCAGUAUCAUAAGACACACCAUCCAUGCAAGUUUGGUGAAGUACGGACCAGCAGUAACUAAGAUAUUGCUAUCAAAGGGCACCUGCAACAAAAACUUUAACCUGGUCCAACAACCUUAACCUCCUCCAGCAUCUGAAAUUUAGGACCCAGAUUCAGCAUCCAAGUCUUUCAAGUCCAUAAGUAGGUCCAGAUGCAUCAUCCAUGCAAGUUUGGUGAAGACAAGACAAGUAAUAGCUUAGAUACAGGACCUGCAACAAAAACUUUAACCAGGUCCGGACACCGACGCCGACGCCACCGCCGACGCCGACGCCGAGGGUAUAGCAUAAGCUCUCCUUGACUUCGUCUCGGUGAGCUAAAAAUGUCUAAAUUGUGUUGUACAUUGAAUAUCUUUAAACUCUAUAAAUAUACUAUUAAUAUUUACUUUUAAUGGGAGUUUUCCUCCUGGUCAAUUUUACAGAAAAUGGCUGUCACAAUCAUAUCAUACAGAAAAAAAAUUAUAAAGGGUAAACAUCCAAAUUAAUUACAUUCUAAACGAAUAAAACUUAGUUCUUUCCAUGGCAUAAAUUAAUCUUUUUCUGUUGAUAUUAUUUCUUUUUCAGUACAAAUAUUAUGACUGCAUUGAUCAAUCAAUUCAAAAAUUUGCACAGUAAAAAUAACUUAAUUGCCUGUGUGCAAAAAAGUACCUGACUAAAAAUAUUUUCAAUCCGUUUUAAUCGUAAUUUUUUUUUUAAAAAUGUACUUGCUAGCAAAUUUUUUUUCUGUCUGCUUUUUUCCCCAGAAGUUUGUACAAAAAAUAUUCCCAUCUAUGUAAUUAAACUUUAAACCAGGCAAACACACAGUAUUUUAAAGAGUUUAUACUUGAGGACCAUGUUUAUAAAAAUUAUUGAUCUUUAAGAUAUAAGACUUAAGAGGAAAAUGACACAAAAUGAAAGUACACCCCCCCCCUCCAAAAAAAACCCCAGCACUUAAAAAAAGAAAAAAAUAUUUCCACAGUUGUUUGACUUCCUUAUAAUUAAUAUGGAGUCCUUUCCUCACGAAACGUAAGUACAUCAUACAUUCAUCAGUAUCCUCUUUUUAUUAUUAUAUAAACUAUAAUAAUGUUUUCAAUUUUGUUAAUGGAAUAAUUGAUUAAGAAUAAAAAUGAUAGAAGUAUAUAUUUCAAAAAAUAACAAUAAUAUAGAUAUGAGGGACUCCAGAACAUGUCAGAGUCCGUGUUUGUGGGACUGUGUGAGAUAGUGGGGACCACAAAACAGGUGGCUAUCAGGAGGGAGACAGAGGACAUCAGGGAGAUGGUGGAGAGACAAGUGGCACCUAAUGAUGGGAUCAUAAGGAUUAUGAGUGGAAGUAGGAGAGAAGGGUUCAGACUGGUGGGAUCAGAUCUGGACACUAUGUACUGGACAAACGACCACCGAGUGAUCAUGGAAAUGUCUCAGUCUGAGUAUUACAACACAGCCAAUACAACCUUGAUUCUCUCUGACAGUUCUGAGAGUCCACCAGGAUUCACUUUACUUCAGUUACUGACACCAUCAAGAUAUAGAGAAGUCCAAUUAUCAUGUGUCAGAAUGAAUGCCAGAGUCUAUAUAUCUAGUUCUAUAUGGAGACAGUUAACUUGUUCUUUGGUAUUUCCUAAUUCUACUGUCCAUGGACCCUGUGGUAGUGGUGUACUAGGAGGAGAAGAAUAUGACCAUGCCUGGUGUUUUGUUUGUGACUUUUGGCCUCCGUCUGCCUCCUCAUGGAUAGAUAGAUGUCACUCAUGGCCUGAUCCUGAAGUUGUUCAUGAUAUUGUCAGAAAUGGGUGUCAUUUUGUAGCAAUAGGACACCCAUUAGGACCAAAUGAAAACGUAGCGUGGAGAAUUUCUUUUUCUGUGGCAGAAUAUAAACUUGUGUAUUCAAUGAACCACAGUCAAUUUUUAACAUAUGGGUUGUUAAAACUUUUCCUAAAGGAAGUCAUAAAUCAUCAGUUAGAAGAAACCAAUAAACUGUUGUGUUCCUAUCACAUGAAGACAACAGUUUUCUGGGCCAUUCAACAAAACACACUACCUCACUGGCGUCCACAAAAUCUCCUGGCCGGUUUCUGGGUCUGCUUUAAACUCCUACUUAAAUGGGUGUCUGAGGGAGUUUGUCCGAACUUUUUCAUCCCACAAAACAACCUGUUUUUGACAAAGGUCUAUGGACCAGCACAAAACAGAUUGUUCCUACAGUUACAUGAACUGUACAAGAAAGGUCUAGCCUGUCUGUUACAGAGUUCCUCUAUCAGGUCCUACAUCAUUAAUGUCCUGUACAAUCCUAGACUUUUUAUUUGUACAGAUGAGAGAUUAAUGAGGAGUGAAGUUGAUUAUGAUGUAGAACUUGUUAAUGAGACCUCUUACAUUGGUGCAAAUUGGACAAAUAGCCCUAACAAAUACAUACACAUAAUAGAACAGUUGGUAGAGUCAUCCCUGACACACUAUCAAGCUCUUACAAUACAGAGACUUACAGGAUUCAUAUUUCAGAGUAUAUCCUUUACAUUACACAACGAAUACAUACACACAGGUGUCAACAAACAGAUGUAUGUUGCAGACAAACUGUCCUGUCACAUGCUGAAAUUAGCAGCCAAGUUUAGUUAUGUAUCGGACAUGUUGUACAUUGCCAUAUAUUAUUACAUGACAUUCAGAUACAGGGAAGCUUUAUCUGUUAUAGAGAUGACAAAGGUCAAGUUAGCACAGCCAUAUCUCAUGUAUAGAAAUGUUGUAGACAGAGAGAGGUAUACUGAGGCUGUAGGGGGACAGUCCUGGUCUACAAAGAUGAGACAGGCUGUAGCAUGGAAUAUCACACUUGACACCAGAAUCUGUUGUAUCAGUGAACUAAUACCAGAACAACAGUCUUCUGUACAGAACAGAGAGCCUAUAUUGAUUAUCCCAGUGUUUGUAAUGUUACACUUCCUAGAGUUCUUGUGUUACAGACACAGUGAUACACCAUUAUCACAAGCAGCUCUAGAUGAUCUACAGGUCCUAGUCCACCAUGAUCAGGGACUGUAUGUACCUGAUAUACUCAGAGACAUCUCCUGGGAGAUCCUGGGGAUCUGUCAACAGAUCACAGGGAACCUCCAGGCUGCUCUAUACUCAUACCAACAAUCACUGAUCACUCAGUCUCCAUACAUCAACAUACAAACUGGUACACAGAGGAGAAUACAUGAUGUGGUUCAGUCUACACCACACCAGUAAAUAAACCAGUAUCUUGAAAUAUUAGACCAAUAUUGAAAAGUCAUCAACAAAAACAACAUUUACACUAACUUUUUAAAUUAGUUCUACCGUAAUAUAUAAGGAAAAAAAAUCAAAUACCUACAAAAUUACGUACACUCCUUACAAAUGCACAUUUUUUGCAUUCAUUCAUAAAUUGUUACAAUAGGAUAGUUUUUUUCUGCCAGGGUUGGAGUUAUCAUGAUAAUUCAUAAUCUUAAUAUCAAAGAUUUGCUAAUUUGUUACUAGAAAUCUCAAAGUGCUCUCCUUGAUUGCAAUUUAGAGAUACAAUAUAUAUUAAAUAAUAAUGCUCUAGGCCUAUAUCUCCUCUCAGCUAAUCAAAUCACCUGGCACAAAUCAAGACCAAUACUGAGUCUAUUAAAUCACCUGACACAAAUCAAGACCAAUACCAAGUCUAUUAAAUCACCUGACACAAAUCAAGACCAAUACCGAUGUCUAUCAAAGCACCUCGUACACCAGAG